AUGGCCAGGUACCAUGCACCGCGGGCAACAAUAAUGGGGAUUGGCACAGCUGUGCCACCAAAUGUGCUGCGCCAAGUCUCCUUUCCUGAUUACUACUUUGAUGUUACAAAUAGCAACCACCUGGUGGAUCUAAAAGCCAAGUUCGCAAAAAUAUGUGAGAAGACAAUGAUAGAGAAGCGACAUUUUGCCAUGUCAAGCGACUUUAUGAGGAGCAACCCGUCCAUCACUGCAUACAAAUCCCCAUCUCUCAACCUUCGGCAGGGGCUCGCGGAUGCCACCAUACCCAAGCUGGGUGCUGAAGCCGCGCGGGAUGCCAUUCGUGACUGGGGUAGACAGGCCUCGGACGUCACUCACCUGGUAUUCUGUACGACGUCAAGCGGGUGCCUUCCUAGCGCCGACUUCGAACUCACAAAGCUCGUCGGUCUCCCGCUUUCCGUCAGACGCUUCAUGUUGUACCAAGUCGGCUGUCAUGGAGGAGGUAUGGCUUUACGCCUAGCAAAGGACCUCGCUGAAAACAACGGCGGCGCACGGGUGCUAGUGGUCUGCUCCGAGGUGAUCACCCUGGCGCUUCGUGGGCCAUCGGGGGUGCACAUUGAAAACCUCGUAGGGCAAGCCCUCUUCGGCGACGGCGCGGGCGCCGUCCUCGUCGGAGCCGAACCUGUUGGUGACGAGCGCCCCAUCUUCGAGAUGGUGUCGGCGUGGCAGGAUGUCAUCCCAGGGACGGAAGAGAUGGUCACGGCGAAGCUGCUUGAGGAGGGGAUAGUGUAUAACCUGCACCGGGACAUACCGCGGCACAUCUCGGCCAGCAUGGAAGAAGUCACGAAGAAGGCGCUGGAGCAGGUGGGAGAUGUUAAGGAGAGGAACGAGGAGGUGUUCUGGCUGAUGCACCCCGGAGGCCGGGCUAUACUGGACAAGGUCGAGAGCACACUAGGCCUGAGGAAAGACAAGUUCGAGGUGUCCAGAGAAGUGAUGAGACAGCAUGGUAACACGCUGAGCACGAGUGUCAUCACGGCCAUGCACGAGAUGAGGCGGAGGUCGGACAAGAAUGGGCUGCUCACGGCAGGAGAAGGGCUCGAGUGGGGACUGCUCUUCGCUUUCGGUCCAGGCCUCACAAUUGAGACCAUACUCCUCCGUGCGCCGCGCAGUCCAGCCCAGAUCGCGUAG